CUUGCGUUGAUGCGAGCUUGGUCAGACAAGGACGUUGGUAACCUUCCCACGAGGCUUUGCGGUGCUAAAAAGCUGAUGGGUAAUGUAGUCCUUUGACAGUCGAAAUACCGGAAGUAGUGGAUAUUGGCUAUCUGGGGAGGGGAAAUUCAACAGAUUGAACAACCGAAAAAUUUCCCUCAUUCUCCAAUCCGAUUGUUCACAGAUGACGUCACUCGACGCGUAUCUGACUGCCGGGUGGGCGUAUCUUAAACGCCAUGCACGCAGCCUUGCCGUCCUGUUGCUCCAAGGCCACACUGGGCUGCUGCUGAGCUGAGCUAAGCUGAGGGGCGUUGGAGGCAAUUCAGUCAUCUUCUGCUUGGACUGAGGAUGCACCGAGGGAGCUGAGGCGGAUUCUCUCAAGCCACACACAAGCCCGCCUGACACACACAUCCAGAGCUGCUGCUGCUGCUGCUGCUACUGCUGCUGCGCAUUGCCCUCCAUCAGGGAGGACUCCAUAGUUGGCCUGGACCAUGAGCUAUGAGUCUACUGUUUGGAACAUCCUACCAGAAAACUCCACAGAGGUACCACUCAAGACGGAGGAACAGCAAGAUGGCUAUGUGCUUCUCCUGGUGAUCCUCUCAAUCUUACUCGUGGGGACGUUGAUCUUUGUCUCCAUCCUCCUCAUCACCUGCCGCCGUUGCUGCCGAGGAGGUCAAUGUUGCGUCAGUGGCAGCGAUGACGCCGAGAAAACCAACGCCACAUACACAGAGGAGUGUCAGCCCACCCAUGAAAUCACCAUUCGGGUGGAUGAGUCCGACUGCCUGUCCAUGGCCAGCUCUCACGAUCAAGAGACAGAGCGCUUCCUCUCCACUGGCACCAUGGGCCGGCGAGUCUCCUUCAACGAGGCGGCGCUCUUCGAUCACAGCAAGAAGCCCCAGGAGAAAGGUCGCAGAUACACACUGACCGAGGGUGACUUUCACCACCUAAAGAACGCGCGGCUCACACACCUCCACAUCCCGCCCCCGGCGCUCAAGAUAGUCACCAUCCAUGAGUGCGACUCAGCGGAAAACACAAUCGCCAUGACAACGCGCCCUGUCGCCAAGUCAGCACUUUCCAUCUUCCAGCCAAUGCUGUGCCCCCUGCCUCAAACUGCACUGACCAGCCUGAGCACCAUUUCCAGCUGUGCACUCCCUGGAGAUACCCUGAACUCAACUGUGGUGGACACAAGCUUGAGUGUGAAUACUACUGCUAAAGCCAAUGGAAGCUCUAUGGAGAUGAUAACAGUAGGGCCCCACGACCAACGCUGCAGUGUCGGUGCAGGAGAAGGGGCUCCACCCAUGAGCGGUGUCACUUCUGUAGGCAGCGGUGCAGCCAGCCAGGGUCCAGUACAGCAGUUCUUUACCAAACUGCGGCGCCAUGCUAGUCUGGAGGGGUCCAGUCCUUAUUUCAAGAUCAAGAAAUGGAAGCUGGACAGCAGCCAGAGGGCUUCAAGUCUGGAUAUGAGAGGCUCACCAAAGAGAAGACAGUUCCAGCGCCAACGGGCCGCCAGUGAGAGCAUGGACCAGGACGACAAUGACGCACACCACAUUGACCUCAUCCAGUACAUCGCCCGCACCCAAGACAUCCCCUUUUGUCCUGGUCGGCCUGUGCUGUCACCUCCAUCGGCACCACCCCCUUCCCUCGGCAGGGUAGAGGUAGAGGUGAUUGUGGAGCCCAGCUGCAGCCACACUGGACCAGGGGUGAUUGGCUUGUCCCCUGAUCCUCAAGAUGAAGCGCUUUCCCUGGGGACAAGGGAAAGCGCAGAGCCUCUUGAUCUCCCGGAUCCCCAGACACUUUACAGAGACAUUUGGACAUUACGUGCAUCACUAGAACAAUAUGCUGCCUCUGACCAAAGCAGCAACAAUGACAGGAACUCCGUCUGCAGUGAUGCUGAGAGUGUGUGUACAGAAAAAGAAAGAGAAGGGCUCCCCAGCUUCUUAUCGCAGGAUUUAGGGGAUGAGAUAGAAGGUGGAGAGGAUGACAAGGAGCUUUUUGCGUACAUGGAUGAGACAUCGGGGGCAAAGUGGGUAAGAAGUAGGAAACAACAAAGUACAGAAUCAGAGAGAGGUGGGAGCGACAGCGAAACAGGGACUCGUAAAUUGCUGCAAAUGGAUAGCGGUUAUGCAUCUAUAGAGGCCCCCUCUCGUGGUCCUGAAGAGGUGCGCAUGUUUGGAAGCACCAGCCCAAAGGAGAGAACAGCCCAUGAAAAAAGGCAUCACUUCACCAAGGCAGGCCGAUCUUGUACAAUUGGUGAGAGCUUUGAGUCUCACCUCUAUGAGGAGGAGCCAGACGAGGAGCUAUUGCUGGGUGCCACUGGAGGGGUUUCGGUAAAGGGCGUCGGUCCACAGAGUUGGUUUCCAUACGGUCAGAUGCUCACUCCUCGGGAGACUUCACAACCUUCCACUCAACCAUUGACUAUACACCGGAGAGACUACAGCAUCGAUGAGAAAACUGAUGCACUCUUCAACGAGUUUCUCCGUCAUGACCCUCAGUUUGACCAGCAGGAGUCGCCAUUAAGGAAGCACCGGUCCAGAAUCCACCUUCGCAAGCAGUGGCAACGGCACAAGCAGUGGAGUGACCCUGGUGUCAGACAAUUACACUCCUCAUUUGAGAGACAACGAACUCCCCUACGGAGGGGUGACAGUGUGAACUACCCUCUCGACACGAGUUAUCAUAGCAUGCUCCCCCGCAUUGUCAGCACACCCGAUGAGGAAACCAGCGACGCUUCUGAGACUCCAAAGGUAGAGCCUACAACUACUAUAGAGGAUUCUGGAAAGGAGAAAGACCAGGGAGAGAAUCAGAUGAAAGACGAAGGGUUAAGUGAACAUCCGGAGCCUCAAGAGGACAGCAAACAACCCGGACUCACCUCAGAACACCUGGAUGAACAGUCACCCCUUCAGCCACCCAAGUCCUCUGGCUACGGCCCACAAACCAUCACUGCAGAACUCACGGACAAACUGAUGGCUAAUCUAGACGAGAGGUUAUACAUGGGCCUUCGAAGGACCAAGGACACAGCAGAGUGUUUGACGGUGACGGCUACGCACGCUUCUCCAGACCACAGCCCAGUGUAGCCACUCAUCCUCAUUGACCACCUCAAAGCUGCUGAUACACACUGACUCAGUUUUGCCUUUGUUUUGAUGAAUCGGGCCCACAGUGAAUUGAAAGUUCUCCCAAAUAAACCAAGCAGUACAGUUCAGUUCAACACGGUACGGUUUGGAAACACGUCAUUCAAGUGUGUCACCCACCAGUUUGAAUCCACUCUUUGGCCACGUUUUGGCACAUUUUACCUCUACCAUUUUCAGACUGAAGUGACUAUUCUGAAAACCAAUUGAUUGACAGUUCUACAUCUGGUGCCAUCCUACCACUAUUGAACAAUACCUUAGCACUGCAGUUGGUACACAUAAAGUCAAUUUUAAGGUAGAUGUGAAAAAUUGUGUGCCGUACCAAAUUGAGUCAAAUUCUACUGCUUGGUGGUAAUGUGGCUAUAGUUCCUACAGGCGUCGUCAACAUUGACCAAUCAUUUCUGUUCCUGUUUCCUAGUUGUUUUCCUAAUCAAAUGUUGAUGCUAUGGACCGGUGCAGCUUCUGUGCUUGAUGGUCACCUGUGAAUUUAAGUUCUUAUAGACACUAAGUAGAACAGUACAGAUGAAGACCGAGUUAUGACCAUAUGUUAUUACAGAAUAAGGUAUUUUUAUCACUGUUUAUAAAAAUUCUGAGCUUUUCAAUCCUGCUGAAUUUUUGGGACCCAAAUACAGAACUAUAGAAACGGUCGCAUAUAGUUACCUCUGACUCCCCCUUGAGCCAGCAUAUCUUUUGCGCAGUGCAGUUUGUGGUUAAACUUGUUUGUUUCGAUUGUCAAUUGAGACUCUGGCAUUCUUUGGUUUUGUACUUGACUGUAAACGGUAGCGAGCCUCCAGUAUUUUUCCCACCGCUAUCAGUUGCAGUCGACAAUGCUAAUUUUUUUCCACGUGUACUUACCUAGCAUGCUAAUAUUUCUCUAAUUAGAGUUCAUAGAAGGUUUUCUCCAGGUACUCCGGUUUCCUCCCACAUUCUAAAAACAUGCAUGUUAGGUUAAUUCACUCUAAAUUGUCCAUAGGUAUGAAUGCGAGUGUGAAUGGUUGUUUGUCUUUAUGUGCCUGGCUGGCGACCAGUCCAGGGUGUACCCCGCCUAUCGCCUGAAGUCAGCUGGGAUAGGCUCCAGCAUACCCCCGCGACCCUAAUUAGGAUAACCAGCAUAGAAAAUGGAUGGAUGUAUGAAGUUCACAGAAAGCCAUGUCCUUGUUUUAAAAGAGUGUUGAUUCAGAUUCAUAAGAACAGUACACUUUAUCCCAAAAUAUGCUUCAGUGUUGUUAUUCAGGAGUAGGUGAAAUAUAUUUUUGUUUGUGAGUGUAAUAACUCAAUCAUAUUUACUAAGCUAGGAAGGACUGUGGACAACAAUCAUGUGCUGGGACGUUUUGGGACAGCAGUGAGAUAGGGGAGUUGCUCUCACGGAUGCUUGCAGUUUUUAUUGGAUUGAUUUAUAUGAAAGGCAUGAUGUCUACUGCAUGAGGCUGAAAACAGAAAAGUCUUUAUUCGCCUUGUUUUUCCGUCCGUGCGUCCUUGUCUUCUCCUGAGAAAGUCUACUGCGCUUCCCCAAAGGGGAGGGGACUGGUACUAUUUAUAUUGCUUUUAAUUUAUGUAACUUAUAAAACCCAGCUGACAAAGAUGCUAUUUAUAGUUAUAUCCAUGUUUUUCACAUGGCUAAGUAAAUAAAGCAUUGCUAGAUUUGCAAAGAACACACAAUCACCAGAGUGAUUGAAUUUAGGAUCGCUUUCUGUUGCUCCUAGAUCUCAGCAGCAGCAGCUUGAUUAUAGGUCUGUUUUUGCUGAUAAAACACCAUUCCCCGGGGCUUUCCGCCUCGUGUGCAGCGAGGGGAGCCUCCGCAGAGCGUGGUGGUGAAUAUAAAUCAAUAAAUCAUAACAGCAGAGGGGAAGCCCUCGUUUCAUAUCUCCCCCCCCAUGCUUGCAGAGGCUCUUCUCUUACAUCGCAGUGAAGCAACAGUUCAGAGUUGAAAUAAUGUUGAAAAUAAUGUUUGUUGGUUCUAGCGAUACGGAUUUCCAUUAUGGAGGCCCAUACGAUAUGUAUGUUGAGACAUUGCCCGUCAUACAAAACAUUCAUGUUAUAUAUUAAGUCGCUGCUUCGGUGCAACGAUCCAAUACGAUUCACUUCAAUGGCCAUGCAUUGACAUACAGUGUGCUUAAAUUGCAAUAUGAUAUGAUUCACUUCAGUUACGAUACGAUACUGUACGAUAUGAUUCACUUCAGUUACGAUACGAUACUGUACGAUAUGAUUCACUUCAGUUACGAUGCAAUACGAUUCACAUCGAUUAAGCAUACAUUAACAAUCUGAUACGGUACAAUAUGAUUCACAUUGAAUUGCAAUUCAAUGUGGUACGAUACCAUUCACUCCAAUUACAUUCACUUCAAUUUAGGAUGCAUUACGAUACGAUUAUUCCAAUCACGACAUGGCUCAGGUGGUAGGGCGGUCGUCUCCCAACCAGAAGGUUGCGGGCUUGAUCCUCCCGGUAACGUGUCGAAGUGUCCUUGGGCAAGAUACUGAACACCCAGUUGCUCCUGAUGCCGCUUCAUCAGUAGGUAGAUGUCCUAGCUGUGUCAAAGCGCUUUGAGUGCCUUGGAGGUGGAAAAGCGCUAUACAAGUGAAAGACCAUUUACCGUUUUACGAUCAUGGUACAAUAGAUUUCAUUCGGAUUACGAUACAAUCUGAUACGGUACAAUACAACGGUUCACUUGAUUUACAAUUCAAUGUGGUACGGUAACCGAUUAUUCCAAUCACGAAAUGAUAAGAUUGACUUUCAUUGCGAAGCAUUACAAUAUUUUUCACUUACAGUGUGAAUUUCGAUGUACUGCGAUAUGAUUCACUCGCUAAAAUUGUAUGAUGUGUGCUGCAAAUGGCCCCCCCAGGCCAGUCUUUGGACACGCUUGCCUUAUACUGAGGUUUAUCUCAGAAUUGUGAGGAAGUAGAAUGGUUUCUUCUACACAAAGAACACAAACCAAUCACUUAAAUGAGGCUCAUCUCUCUCUUUUGAUUGAGCUCUACUGUGAGGAUGAUACUUCUUUUCCUGACGGCCCAGAUUAGAUAGUUCUCCUGCUAAGUCUCCUUUCGAGGGUUGAGUGGACUCAGAGGCUCAUUAGGACAAGAGUGGCUCAGAUGGAAGGAAGUGAUUUCACCCCACCCCCAUUUUAUUAUCACACAAUUCAGAGAUGUUUCAAUGUCGCCAACGAACAAAUAUCUUAUAAGUAGGGAUGCUCCGAUAAGGGUUUUAUGCUACCAGUCAUCCAGGACUGAAAUCUGCCGAUACCGAUCACAUGGAUUAAUUAUACAUGUUUCUAUUUAUUUAUGAUGAGUGCUAUUGGCCAGGGGUGCUGUAUAUAGUGGAAAAGUCAGGACAAUUCUAGGUCCCCUGACUGCCAGGGAGCCCAAAAAUAAAAUUUCUAGUUAAGUAGGGGGACAAUGCGGUGUCUUCUACUGCUGAGAAAGGCCGGUCAUCUCGGCCGAUCAAUUCAAUUAUUUUUCGGGUUAUUUGCUUAGCCUUCUGACUGUCACGCACAUACGGGCGAUAUACGUGUUUUGGCACGCCUGCGUACUGUGAAAGAAAGCGGGAGGACGCUUCCCUAGACGUUAGGGCAAGACACUGCACUCCACACAGGGAUCGCUGCAGGCCGCAAUAGUGCUAGCCACAGGUGGUCGGCUUUUGUGAUUGGUGUUGAAAGACAUUUAUCGGCACAUGCUUUCAGGGAAAGAAGCCGAUACUGAUUGGCGGCCAAUCGACCGGAGCAUCUGUACUUAUGAGUAAUCAGAAGAUGGAAAUGUAUGACUGCUUUCAAGUCAAGUUCGGGUGAUUCAUCUGAGACCACAAUAGUCACUCAUCAGAUACUCAAGUCUUCUUUCUGGUAAAAAGGAGAAGGCAGAGACAUGAAUGUCCAUUGAUUCCGAAGGUGGAAGAAACAACCGCAACAAUACUAAGAAUGCUGAUGUUAUAAUGAUGACAAAUGAGAUGGAAGAUGCAAAAAAUGUAGCAGGAAAUCAUACUGAUUGUCAAGCGAUAAGUAAAAUGUUUACAAUUUUACAUCCUGACACAAAAAUAUAGAAUAAAACUAAAAGCAAAGUAAAGUAAGAGUAGUCACCCUUUGAAGACACACAUAAGGUUUUUACAGAGCAAGCCUGCCAUCUAGUUGUGUUUUAUUGUGUUGGAGAGCAAAAAGGAAGGCAUUUGUAGAGCGAUACAGUCGCGUAUUCUAUUCUUAUUCUAUGUUUAUCACUGGAGUUAAUACUAAUAUGUAAUUAUUAUUAUUUAAUAUUCAUAUUUAAUUGUAUUGUACUCAGCAGCCAGACUGACAGUUUGAUGUCCGGUUCUAUGGUUCUUAUCACACUUUUCAUCUAUGGCAUCACUGGUAUCCGUCUGUGGUGACUUUUCAAAAAAGCCCAAGAAAAAGCAAAGCCGGCUACUGGAUUUCAUCAUUAUUAGACACACUUUCAUGAAAACUUCGGUAAACUUGAUUUGGUUACAAUUGUACUACUUUUAGAGGGUGUUCGAUUUCCACUGUAUGCAAUUUAAAAGUCGUUUGGUGCAUUCCAUUUUGUAAGAUUCCUUCAAAAAUAGAAAUUAAAAUAUGUCCAAGAAUUAACAUUUUGGUGAGUAUGCUAGCGGAGCUGUCGAAGGCAUUGAUACACACCGCAUAUGUCUGCAUGAGAGCUAACAUUUUAGUACAAAAUGAUCACAUUAAUGACGGUCAUCUCUGUGCAUUCCUUGCUUUGUUAGUUAAAUGUUUCUUUCGUCCAAAAAGGACAAAAAAAGAGUUUUCUGAACAAUUUAGCUUUUAGAGCCUGGAGGGACCAAAUCGCACACAAAGUGUUGUUUUAUUUUAGAGCUGUGUUUUUUUUUUCUUCCUCAAUCUGUGAAUAAAGGAUUUGAGCAAAAUGCAGUUCUGACCUUUUCUUUAUAAGUGAGAACAGAUCAGACACCACUUGUUCCCCUCCCAUCAAUCUUUACUUGUAUCCUUAUUUUUGGCGUCUCCUUCCAAUUUCCCGCCGAGUUAAUUGACAAAACAGGACAGCCUCUGUGAUGCAUUUAAAAUGGGUUGUUUUUCAAUUCUAAGUUAAGUAAGUCCGUUUACACAGCUGGAGGGCUGAGUUCGAUUGGUGGGGAAAUAAAAGGGCGUGGUAUGUUUGGACAGGUGUGCCCUCUGUCAGCGAGUCACACCUGUCUAAAACAAACAAGCCCGAGGGUUUAUCAAACAACCAGCCACACUAGCUUAGUGACAUGGCAAUUAAGCUUAGUUACCUUGUUUUUUAGAGCCCUACUUUCCUGAUCCUUGUUUCCUUGUUUUCGCAUUAUGUAAUAAUCGUGCAGUAUGUAAUAACGUAAUACAUUU